GGCUGUUCUUCCAGCGGCUGCCGAGCGGGGGCGCUGUUGUCACCCUCCUUACCCAUAAGCGGGGGAGUGAGAGGUGCAUGAAAUGGAGAAAAAUGGCGGAUCAUGUGCAGAAAACCAUGAACCCUGUUACCUCACAAUCUGCCCCACAUGUGGAGGGCCUUGCCCAGCUGGAGAUCCUGUGUAAGCAGCUGUAUGAGACUACCGACACCGCCGUCCGACACCAGGCAGAGAAAGCUCUGGUUGAGUUCACCAACAGCCCCGACUGUCUCAGCAAAUGUCAGCUCCUGCUGGAGAGAGGCAGUUCGUCAUAUUCUCAGCUGCUUGCGGCCACCUGUUUGUCUAAACUGGUAUCUCGAACCAGCAACCCUCUACCGCUCGAGCAACGCAUCGACAUCCGGAACUAUGUGCUGAAUUAUUUGGCCACGCGGCCGAAGUUAGCGGCGUUCGUGACCCAGGCUCUGAUCCAGCUGUACGCCAGGAUCACCAAACUGGGCUGGUUCGACUGUCAGAAAGAUGACUACGUCUUCAGAAACGUCAUCGCCGAUGUCACACGCUUUCUACAGGAUAGUGUUGAACACUGCAUCAUCGGGGUGACUAUUCUGUCCCAGCUGACGAAUGAGAUCAAUCAGGCCGACACAACGCAUCCUCUGACCAAACAUAGGAAGAUCGCUUCAUCAUUCAGAGAUUCCUCUCUCUUCGACAUUUUCACUCUCUCCUGCAACCUCCUCAAACAGGCUUCGGGGAAGAACCUGAACCUGAACGAUGAGUCUCAGCACGGUCUCCUCAUGCAGCUGCUCAAACUCAGCUACAAUUGCCUCAACUACGACUUUAUAGGAACUUCCACAGACGAGUCGUCGGACGACCUCUGCACCGUACAGAUCCCCACGUCAUGGAGAUCAGCGUUUCUUGAUUCCUCCACCCUGCAGCUCUUUUUCAAUUUAUAUCAUUCCAUCCCUCCGUCCCUCUCCCCGUUGGUGUUGUCAUGUCUAGUUCAGAUCGCCUCUGUCCGGAGGUCUCUCUUCAACAACGCAGAGCGAGCAAAGUUUCUUUCACACCUGGUGGAUGGAGUGAAGAGGAUACUAGCGAACCCACAGUGUUUGCCUGAUCCUAAUAACUACCACGAGUUCUGUCGUCUGCUGGCGAGGCUGAAGAGUAACUACCAGCUGGGCGAGCUGGUCAAAGUAGAAAACUACCCUGAAGUUAUUCGACUCAUAGCAAACUUCACCGUCACCAGUCUGCAGCACUGGGAGUUUGCCCCCAACAGUGUUCACUACCUGCUGAGUCUGUGGCAGCGUCUGGCAGCGUCGGUCCCUUACGUCAAAGCCACCGAACCUCAUCUGCUGGAGACCUACACUCCGGAGGUCACCAAGGCCUACAUCACAUCGCGGCUGGAGUCGGUCCACGUCAUCCUCAGAGACGGUUUAGAAGACCCUCUGGACGACGCCGGCCUCGUCCAGCAGCAGCUGGACCAGUUGUCCACCAUCGGGAGGUGUGAGUACGAGAAGACGUGCGCUCUGCUCGUCCAGCUGUUCGACCAGGCGGCUCAGACCUACCAGGAGCUGCUGCAGUCCACCAACUCGAGCGCCGCAGACAUCACUGUGCAGGAGGGGCGGUUGACAUGGCUGGUUUAUAUAAUCGGGGCGGUGAUCGGUGGACGGGUGUCGUUUGCGAGUACGGACGAGCAGGACGCCAUGGACGGAGAGUUAGUCUGUCGGGUGCUCCAGCUGAUGAAUCUGACCGACUCUCGGUUAGCUCAGGCCGGUAACGAGCGACUGGAGCUGGCCAUGCUCAGCUUCUUUGAACAGUUCAGAAAGAUCUACAUUGGAGACCAGGUGCAGAAAUCCUCAAAGCUUUAUCGACGACUAUCAGAAGUUCUGGGGUUGAACGACGAGACGAUGGUACUCAGUGUCUUUAUAGGGAAAAUAAUCACGAACUUGAAGUACUGGGGCCAGUGUGAACCAAUCACCUCCAAGACACUCCAGCUACUGAACGACCUCUCGUUAGGAUACAGCAGUGUGAGGAAGCUGGUGAAGCUCAGUGCUGUUCAGUUCAUGUUGAAUAACCACACAAGUGAACACUUCUCCUUCCUCGGAGUCAACAACCAGUCGAAUCUGAGCGACAUGAGAUGUCGAACCACCUUCUACACGGCACUGGGACGCCUGCUGAUGGUCGAUCUGGGCGAGGACGAGGACCAGUUUGAACAGUUCAUGUUGCCUCUGACGGCUGCGUUUGAAGCUGUGGCUCAGAUGCUGAGCACAAACACCUUCAAUGAGCAGGAAGCCAAGAGGACUUUGGUGGGUUUGGUCCGGGACCUGCGAGGCAUCGCGUUCGCCUUCAACGCCAAGACCAGCUUCAUGAUGCUGUUUGACUGGAUAUACCCGGCCUACAUGCCCAUCCUGCAGCGGGCCAUAGAGCUGUGGUACCACGACCCAGCAUGCACCACGCCUGUCCUCAAACUGAUGGCUGAGCUCGUUCACAACAGAUCCCAGCGGCUACAGUUCGAUGUGUCGUCACCUAACGGCAUCCUGCUGUUCAGAGAAACCAGCAAGAUGAUCACCACCUACGGGAAUCGUAUCCUGACGUUGGGAGAAGUCCCGAAGGACCAGGUGUACGGGGUGAAGCUGAAGGGCGUCAGCGUCUGCUUCGCCAUGCUGAAGGCCGUGCUCAGCGGAAACUACGUCAACUUCGGGGUCUUCCGUCUGUACGGCGACGACGCUCUGGACAACGCCCUGCAGACCUUCAUCAAACUACUGCUGUCCAUCCCCCACAGUGACUUACUAGAUUAUCCUAAGCUCAGUCAGUCCUUCUACUCUCUGCUGGAGGUGCUGACCCAGGACCACAUGAACUUCAUCGCCAGCCUGGAGCCUCACGUCGUCAUGUACAUCCUGUCCUCGAUAUCAGAAGGCCUCACCGCGCUCGAUACGAUGGUGUGCACGGGCUGCUGCUCCAGUCUGGACCACAUAGUGACCUACCUGUUCAAACAGCUGUCGCGCUCCACGAAGAAGCGUCCCACUCCGAUGGCGACGGACGAUCGCUUCCUGCACAUCAUGCAGCAGCACCCGGAGAUGAUCCAACAGAUGCUGUCCACAGUUCUGAACAUCAUCAUCUUCGAGGACUGUAGGAACCAGUGGUCGAUGUCUCGGCCUUUGUUAGGCCUCAUCCUGCUCAACGAGAAGUAUUUCGCUGACCUGAGGAACAGCAUCGUCAACAGUCAGCCGCCUGAGAAGCAGCAAGCCAUGCACUUAUGUUUCGAGAACUUGAUGGAGGGAAUAGAGAGAAAUCUACUAACGAAGAAUCGGGACAGGUUCACUCAGAACUUGUCGGUGUUCAGGAGGGAAGUCAACGACAGCAUGAAGAACUCGACAUACGGCGUCAACAGCAACGACAUGAUGAGCUGACAUUCCACACAGCAGAGUCUUACCCAGCUGCAGACAGAGCUCACCCCUCCCCUCACCCCUCCCUCACUCCUCCACAGCAGCCUCCCCGCCUCCCCCCACCUCCCCUCCCCAACCCUCUCUGCAUCAGCCCCCCUCCCGCGCCUCCUCCCCCCGGGCCCGGAUGCCUGGGGAUCACCUCCUCACCCCGACCCACGACGUUCGGGAUCGUUGGUUAACUUCAGCGAAUAACGCCCCCCUCCCUCUCCCCCACACGCCCCUCACCCCCUCACCCCUCCCUCCUCCUUUUUGAUAUAAGCAUAUAUAAAUAUAUACAGAUCUAUUUUAAAGCCAGUCUGCGUUGGUCUGACUCGUCUGGCUGUCCUAACAGAGGGAGGGGUCGCAUGUCUAAGCACUCGAAAUCACUCACAGAGGAAGGAGAGAGUGCUGUGGAUGUAGACGGAGGUGAGGUGUGGGUGAGGAGAGGUGAGGUGAGGAAUGCCGGUAAACGUAGUAAUCCGCUUCUGCCUGCCUUGUAUAGAAAAACACACAAAAAACCAAGUGUACAUUUUUUUUCGUAACAUUUUGAACAAUGUUUAUAAUGAUCGAAUUUAAAACACAAAGAUGACAACAGAAAAACAACAAAAAAACAAAACAAAAACCGUGUGAUUGAGCUUUUUACAGUGUAGUGAGUUAGUGCAACUGUCUGUCUGCGUGGGGAGCGAGCUUUCCACAGAGCUGGAGAGGUGAGAGGGAGGACGGGUGAGGAUGGGGGGGGGUAAACAGAGCUGCAGGGUGGCCACAGGAGCGCUCAGGCUGCAGAGCUGUCACCAUGAACAGGAAGCAGAGGUACACACACUAACAGAAAGGGAGAGUCAGAGCAUCCACGUUGUACAUUUUUCUCAGUCUCUGGUUGAAGUGAUGUAAAUAGCCACGUUACCCCGCAGCAGCAGGCCCGGCGGGAUUUAAAGGGACAGUUCUGCUAUUUAUCAACCUGGGUCUUAUUCUCACCAUCGCGUCCUCGUCUGACUCCGAGAUUCUGUCAGAAAAAACUGACCUGAAAAUAUAAAAACUAACUUUCUGCAGCUCGACAAAACUCAGAGAGAUGAUUUAAAAGAAAAGUGAAUGAGAAGCACUAAGAUAAAACAUUAAAACCAACAGGAGGAACUGAUACAAAGAUACUGGAGAUAAACAAGAAAACAGCUUCAUUUCAAACCAGAGCGGAUUCAGUUCAUCGUUUCAGUCAUUUGAUUUAUUUCUGAUCAAUCAAUCAGCUCAUCGUUUCUGCUCGGCUUCUAAUGUUUGUCCAAAACUCAAACUGUGAUAAAGACAAGAAACCAGCAAAUACUCACUUCAGAGAACCAGUGAAUGUUUUUUACAUUUUUGUUUUAACCACGUGAUCAUCAAAAUAUUUAGAGAUGAACUUUUUGUUAAUUAAUUGGCUGAUCGUUUUAGCUCCACAUUCAUAUUGUCAGAUAUUCAGUUUAAUGUCACAGGAGACAGCAGAUAAAUAUAUGCACAUUAAAACAGAACUUUUUUUUUUUAGUUUUACUACAAAAAAUAAGAAUUAUUAAAGUUUCCAGUUAAUUUUCUGUCAAUCAAUUAAUCGACUGAUCGUUCUGCUCCAAUUCAGAACAGCCCAGAACUCAAAGCUGCACAGUUCAUUCUCACAUAGAGCUGCAACAAUUUGUCAGUUAAUUGAUUAGCGAGUCAGCAGAAAAUACAUUUGGUAAAAAUACCAAAAUCUUACAGUUUGCAGCUUCUGAAAUCUGAAGAUUUACAGCUUUUUCUUUGUGACGUCUGAGAAAUAUCUCAAAACAUCUGUGGGGAGUUUUUCUUUUCUGUCUGACAAUUUAUUGACAAAACCAAUAAUCAGGACAUUAAUCAGAUAAACUGCAGCAAAUAUUCACAUUGGAGUUGAGAGAAGAAAUUAAUAUUUGGCAUUUUUGCUUUAAAGAUUCAUCGACAAUCGAAACAGCUGCUGAUAUUUUUAGUCUCUGGUUUGAAAUGACUUCUGUAGAGUCUGAGAAACUUUAGGAGGCUCGAGUUUCUUGUCCUGAUGUAAAAUGUUUUGCUGGAGUUGCCCGGAGCCAGAACGGCCGCAGUUAUUAGGCUGAAAAAUACCGUAAUUUCCAUUUAUGACGUCCCGUCUGGUCUGGCCCAGCUCCGCCUUUCUCCCCAAAUUAAAGCAGAACACGAGACCCCCCCGUCCCCGUCCCGGAACACCGGAGAGGUGGUAGUGGGGUCUUGUAUUCACACACUCGCUUGUUUGCCUGCAACGAUCGACGUGUAAGCAACAUGGUCACAGCUACAUUUUCCCCUCUGGUAGGCUGGGUGCAGUUUCCACCAUUUUGUUUACACUCUGGAUUCCUCGGACCAGGUUUUGGGACUGCCCCCCCUCCCCCCCUUCAGGUCCUGCAGUGGAGUCCUUUUGGUGUGUGUGUGUUGUUAUCUGUGUGCGUGUGUGUGUGAGUGUGAAGUGGCUCUCUGUUGCCUGGUGUGUAUGUGGCGUCUCAUGGUGCUCGUGAUGGAGCUCAAACAGCCAAGGUCUGUGCCACCGCAUAGGACAGAAUAUAAUGAAUAAUAAUUCAAAUGGAGGGAAGUCUACCACAGUUCCCGGAUCUCGAGACAUCUGGCCAUCAGAGCUCCCUUGAAGGAAUCCAGUUUAGUUUUAAAUAUCUGAAGAAUAUUGCAUUGAACCUUGGUAGAAGUCAGAACAGUGUAAAAAGAGAAGCAGGAGUGGAGUCUAUUAGCAACUUGUGUUACUCUCUACGAUGUUGCUGCUAACUGUUUGUGACAACUAGCUCAUCUCUAACCAUGUCAGCACUCAUGGAUGUUUAUUGAGUUCCUAAGUUUUGGUUUGUGUCCCUGAUGUGAAUGUGUUGGGUCCAUAGAGUGAAUAGCUGUUUGAGUUGUUUGGAUGUCUGCUACAUAUAGUGUAAGCAUUGUGACUGCAAAUAAACCUCAUUGAUUUUUA